GACACGUGGUUCAUCUGCAGCUUCCUGUUUUGAGUUCUAACGGAGAGCUCGAGCGCCGCAAACAAAAGCGCACGAGCAUCCGACUAUUGAUCAUUCCUAUAAUCAGUUACCAGUCUAUUCUCAUUCCUACAGCCUAGUCGGACCAUUUAAUAUUAUAUCAUCUGAUCUAAAGCAGGAUUUUCUGAAGAGCUCGACUGAACAAUCCCCUCACUGAUGCUCAACUAGUGUUAUCCGUAACAAUAGACUGGACGGACACUGACAGCUGAAGCUCUGCUCUGGAGGCUGAGUUUGAGUCAGGACGAAUUGAACAGAAGACAGAGGAAUGUCUGCUAUGAAGACAGAAGAUGCUGCCAACGGCAAGAGCACCGCUAAUGGAGGAGGAGUCGUGUAUGAGGAAGGAGGCGUCACGGUCCUCAGUCCUACAGAUCUGUCUGAGAUGUUGGCAGCAGGAACCAAAGAAGUUCACGAGAAGGCCGAAAACACAGAGUUUGUCAAAGACUUCCUGAAGGGACGCAUCCGCAAGGAGCUCUUCAAGCUCGGCCAUGUGGCUUUAUACUUCACAUACUCUGCCAUGGAAGAGGAGAUUGAGAGAAAUAAAGAGCAUCCUCAGUUUGCUCCGCUCUACUUCCCUCAUGAGCUCCACCGGCGUGACGCUCUGGCUCGGGAUCUGGAGUUCUUCUACGGCGAGGACUGGCAGGAUCAGAUCAGUAUCUCUCCGGCCACUCAGCGCUACGUGGACCGCAUCCACCAGGUCGGCCAUGAGCAGCCCGCGCUUCUCGUGGCCCACGCUUACACGCGCUACAUGGGUGACCUCUCGGGCGGUCAGGUGCUGAGGAAGGUGGCCCAGCGCGCCAUGAAGCUGCCGCCCACAGGAGAAGGGCUGAACUUCUAUGAGUUUGAUGGCAUCCACAGUGCCAAGGCCUUUAAACAGCUGUACCGCAGCCGGAUGAACGAGCUGGAGCUGGACACGCACACCAAGGAGAAGAUCGUGGAGGAAGCCAUCCUGGCCUUUCAGUUCAACAUGGAGAUUUUCGGAGAACUAGAGGAGGUCGGAAAGACCCUUCAGGAUGAUGUUUUGGAUGCCGCUCCUGCUCAUGGAGAAAUGCAAGGAGACAUCAGUCAGUGUCCAUACUACGCUGCCAAAAUGGCUGCCAGUGGAGGAUCAUCUUACAUUUGUCAAAUGGCCAUGACCGUGCUUAAAAAUCCCUCCGGUCAAGUCCUAUUGGCCGCCUGGAUCGCUGCUCUAGCCGGAUUGGCUGCUUGGUACCUCAUGUGACCUCCUUUGACCCACUUAGUGCAUCCCAUUUGCCCCCUCGUUCUUGGGUAUAAUGUGAUUUCUUAUUAUAAUAAUAAUAAUAAUAAUGUAUGAACACAGACUAUUAAACGCAGGAUAGCAUAGAUUAUUGUGGCAGCCGUUACUGUUGCACCUGUCAGUGUUGAUGAAGUUAAGGGUGGAGAAACAUGCAGAGCGUUAUUUUUGUAGUUUUAUCGCAGUAUUGAGUCAUUUGGUGCAACGAGUACAAGGGGCCGAAACAUAUUCUACGCCAGUACGUGAACGUAAACGCAAGAUUGAUUACAUACGUCCUGGUAAUUGUGUUGCAUUCUCAUUCAUCACCAUAAGGGGCGCUAUAGAAUGUUUUAGAGCAAAUUGUCAGUUUUUUUGUUUUGAUGACAUCAACAUGUAAUGGAAACUCUAUCGCCCCCCCCUUGAGAACUGAGGUUUGAUGUCACCACAGUAACGCAUGUACAACAGGACAAGGCACUUGCAAAACAUUGUGUAGAAUAUGUUUAUAACAGGUUUGAUACAGAAAAGCACAUGGUUUUAUGGGCCCAUUUGUCAUGCAUGCUUUCAAAUGAGAUAUGCUAUGCAUACAUGCAGCAUUUACAAAGAAAAGCAGUACUUCUGACUACUGAGAUGCCCGGACAGUAAAUGACGGCCACAACGGUUAAUGAAGAAAAGCCUUUUUGAAGAGGUUUAGUAUGUAAAAGAUGGAAGAAUUGCACAUUAAGGUUACACAACAUGAUGUUACAGACUCUGAUUUUAGGGAUAUUCUACACAGAUGGUUAAAUGGGCCAGAAUGAACUGUUUUUACUAGUGGUUGACCGAAUUGAGUUUUUUAGUUGUGAUGAACACUGACCAAUGAUGAAGAUAAAUAUCUUUUUUAUAUAUUAUUAUUAUUAUUGUCUGUACAUAUUAUAUUAUGGUAACACUUUACAAUAAGGUCUAGUGUAUUAGUAAAUGCUGAUAUUUACAUUAACCAAGAUCAGUAAAUGGUAUUUUCCCAUGUUAAUGAGGUCAUGACAUGGGUUUUUUUGGUGCGUUUACACUUGUAUUUCGGUUCGUUUGGUCAGGAUCAAACAAAAAACACAUGGUCCACUUAGCAUUAAGAUUGGCAUUUUUUUUUAUCACCAAACCUAAAGAUACCGAACCUAAAGGUCAGCUUUUAUUACAUAUUCCCUAAUUUGAGAUGGAACUUACCGAACACCCCCAAAAAUGCUAUGCUUUCACACCUUCCUCAUUUUGUUGUCCCCCUUGGUGUGGUUAAUUUGGGCAGGUGUGAAUGCAGCAAUCGCACUUGGGUGUGCAGCAGAAGCGGAUCAAACAAGCGUACCGAGACCUUAUUGAAGAAGUGGUUUUGGUACACUUUCAAACGAACUCUGGAGGGGUUCACUUCAAUCUGGACCAACAAACCAAAAGAUAUCAUAAUUCAUAACGAGAAAUGUGUUAUAUAAAAAGCAGUAGUGUCUGAUUCGGUGAGUGAGCACAUUAGUUGCUGUAAUUGAACACCAAAAAUCUCCUCUUCAUCUUAAAAUGUUGUGUAAUUGCGCUCCUCCAUGUGAGAGCGCUGUCCCAACAAAGCCCUGAUUCCCGCUCUAGCUGCAUUGUAACAUUCAUAUACGGUCUCGACACAGCCUAUUAGACAGAGAUCCAGAGAGAGCACAUUUGAAUUUUUCACAGUAUUAAUACGAAUGUAGUACAUAAUUUAACAGCUGGAAUGAUGGCUACAUUCGUACAGUGUUAGUAAGCUAACUUGUCAAUCAUUUUAAUGGAUGACACAGAGGAAACUCUGGCCAAUAAGAGGACAGUUGUACUCGCAUAUGACUUGCAUAAACAUAUUUUGGCAUGCUUUGAAAUAUUGCCUUGUGAAAGCAAACUGAACCAAGAAAGAAAUGCAACAUUGUAACAAAUUUAAUUCUUGUUGCAGAACAAAACAAACAAUUCAUAGUUGUGAAAAUGCCUUUAUUCAAAUGAACCGCACUAACAGAGCAAUCACACCAUUUGUGAACUCAAAUAUGUUCCUUAUUAAUAGGGUUUUUUGCACAAAAAUAAGUUUCUUUAUGAACUCAAUACAUUUCUUUAUGAACUCUCCAUUACACUGUGCCUCGCUGACAAAAUAAUAUGCUCUGAACAAACAUAUAAUCCUCCAAUGUGAUUCAGGACACUUGUUUCUGACUUUGGGAUCCUUCUAAAGUCUUCACAGAGACGCAAACAAUCUGUUUAAACUGAAUGUGUCAAAGCAAACGUUCUUUCACUCUUCCAUUUGUCCUGUUUUUUGCAGAAGUGAAGUGAAGACAGUGUCCGUGACUAUAAUGGCUUCUAUUUGCUUUAGACGGGACACUCACAUCCAGUGUAGGCAAACUAAGUUUAAGUGACCGAACAGCAGUGGACGGGCCUGUGAUGCGAUGAUGUAAAACUAUUCGUCGAUGUCUUGCUCUGGAUUGUGACAUCACAGAUCCCGCUAUAUCAAAACGAGCCAUUUUUAGAGUUUGAUUAAAUGAAUGCUUUGUUUAUAAUGAGGAUGUUUUAAACUAUGAAAUUGCUGGAUGUAUUAAUGGUACAAAUACCUCUUAUAUGUCAAAAGAUUAAGGCAAAUUUUACUUCCCUUGUCAUGACCUCUUUAACUAACAAAUGAAACCUCAUUGUAAAGUGCUACUAUAUAUAUAUAUGUAUGUAAACAAUAUGCUGAUAUAUCAGUCCAUCACUGAUUAUCACUCACGGCUCUGAUGAACAAUUAUCAGAUAUAUUAAGUAUUUGAAUGCAAUUUAAACAAGGGAACAGUACUGAAUUAGUACAGUUUACUGUAUUUGUACAAGCUAGAAUUAACAUCUGUGAUCUGACUUACAGUAUGACAUUAUUAACAUUUAUGGAUGCAAUAAUUUCUUGAGUCUUUUUUAUGCGACUUUUAAUGCAUAUUAACAGUUUUGUUCCCCUCGAAGACCAUAGCAUGUGCAAUGUUCACCAAGACACUGUGACAUGAUGCAUUUGAGAAGGAUUAUGGGGGAUUGUGUAUCUGGCAUGUGUCUGUUAACUAAAGGUGUUUUUCUCAGAUUGUCAGAAAGGUGUGUGUUUCAGAAGUCUAGUUUUGUAUAAGAGCUAACACGUCUUUAUACUGAUGAAUAAUGUUCUUGAAGAGUGUUUCAUGUACUACCAAAAGCUGAGGGGCUGAACAUUCACAUGACAUUUUGAACCAAAGGAAAUGUUACUUUGUUACAUUACUAAUCGAAUCAUGAAACAGAUGGGCAUGUAUGUGAAGUGUUUUGAAUUAAUGGUUGUGAUUGGGUUUUAUGCAGAUCAUUUAAUUAGAUUAUUUUGUGUUUUGAGUAACUGACAGGUUUUUUGAAGCACUGGGAGACUUUGAGAGGAAUGGAGUGGUGUUGAUAUACAGUACAGUGAUAUGAUUUGUGUAGUUAUUUUAAAUUUCCUUAUUCAUUUUAAGGUUUAGAACAGUUUUUUUUUUUUGUUGUUUUUUAAUUAAAAAUCCCUUUUUUAUUUGUUUCAAUUGUUCCAUCUAGCUCUUUUCACUGUAAUGAGUAAUAAAUUCACAACUGCA